AUGGGCACAGCAGAGUGCAUCCCUGAUGAACCUCAGGCCAAAGACCAAAGAAGGCAAGACUUCCAAGACAUGCUGACAGAAGUGGGAUUAAGUGUAGAGUACUGGACACCUAAGCUUCAGGAGCAUGCAGGUGUGACCUCUGCCUGGGACUUACAGUUCUUAGAAGAAAAAGACCUCCAGAAGCUCAGGUCCCAGGCACAACACCCAUGGGAGAAAAGGGCCCUCGAGAAGCUGCUUGACCUCUCACAGUCAAAGCGCCCUCCCGAGUCCCAGAAGUCUCCAGCGGAGACUGGGAAGAAAAGGCAGAAGCAGACAGAAGAGGCCCUGCGGGAGCUGAGGGAGCUGCAGUCCGAAGGGAAGCAGAGGCAGGAAGAAGCAGUGAGGAGGAAGGAAGCAGAGCUGAGGCAGAAGAUGGAUGUCCCUGAGCAGUACUGGCCAAAGCCUGGAGUGGAUCUGAAAGAAGUCACUGAAAAUAUGCAGAGACAUCUCAAUCACAUGGAGCACCCACUGACCCUCAGGCAAAGCCUCCCAGAUAGGGAUCUGAUUAGAUGGGCAUCUGGAGGCCUGGCCCUGCAGGGAAUUUACAAGACCAGCCACCAAAAAGACCUGACAGAGAAGCGAGAAGAGCUACUCAGUGUCCCCAAAGAAUUCUCACUCAUGGGACCUGAGCAGGGCACAAGGAUGGAAACGAUAGAAUUCACCUCUUCUCAAGCAGAAGCCCAAUUCAUCCAGACUAUAGAGAAGAUGGGCUUUGGGGUCACAAUGUCAGCCAAGGGUAGAGUAUGGGGAUUCAGUUUAGAAGGUGGAAUGGAUCGAAGCAAGAAUUCAGAAACCAAGAAAAGCAACAAAUCACAUUCAGAAAACUUAUUUUUCUGUUCAUGCAAGUUCAGUUAUGUCCCCCUUGCAACCUGCCACUUUCCCACAGAUCACCUUCAGCUCUCCAAGGCUGCUCUCCAGGAACUGAAAAGCAUAGAUGAACACUUGGUCCAUACUACAGGGCCAGAUAGUUUCUCUUUACUGAGACAAAGGACUGAAAACUUCUUCCACAGGUUUGGCUCUCAUGCAAACAAAGGUCCUCUUCACCUAGGAGGGAUCUACUACUGGAAGGCCAUUGCACAGGGUUUCAAAAGUGAGCAGCUGGCUGAUGUGAGGCAGCAGGCAGCACAGGCCCUGGAUAUUUACAUCAGGGGCAGCUACAGUGGUUUUGGAGUGAAAGUGGCUACAGGUAUGUCAGACUCGCAUUCAAAAGUAACUUCUCAGAACACAGCUGUUCAAAACCUCCAAACCCAAGUUCAAUUAUCAGUGGCCCAAACAGGUGGCCCACCAGAAGCAGAUGGAUUUGUCCAGUGGAAAGCUGGCCUACUGGCCAGCAAUCAAACCUGGUCUGUCAUUGACCAGGGAGUUCAACUCGUGCCCAUUUGGGACAUCAUCCUAUCCAGACACAAAAGUGACUUUCAAGACCCGCUGAGGGUGGCUACCUGUCUGAAAGACAACUACACUGCUCUGACGGGCCUCCCUGCACAAAUCUUAGAUGGAGAGGAAUUACUGAGUGCUAGAAAGGAAGCCAGGCUUUUCCUAGAGGAAGUGAAAUCCUGGGAAGUUUCUGAUCCUGAAAACCAGCUUAAGAAACUGAUACAUUUCAUGCAAAUGUUGAGUCAAAAACUAAAAGGUUAUGACAUUUGGACCAAUACAUGUCUCACAGAUUUAGGUCUGCAGAAAUUUAUAAUCCACACUGUCGACUUUUGCAAAAAUUCAUCCACCCAGAGCACAGAGUUUAUCAAAUCUCAGUUACGCAGCCUUCUAGACCCUCAUGUGCACAAAGUGACAAACUUUCCUCAGGCUCACUCCAUCAUGCAGUGGAUCCACCAGUCAGAGGCAGAGGAAGAGCAAGUCAGUAUCACACAAUUUUCUGACUUCAUUAAGGCCUUGAAAGAAACCCAAAACAGCCUCAUGGAAGUGAACCUCAAAUCGGAGUCCCCAGAGGCAGUGGAAGAAGCUCAAAGAAAGGCCACACAUGAGGUGACCACAGCUCUCAGCUGCUUCUUGAGCCAUCUCAGAGAAACAGAGCAGCCAGACAUGCAGCUCCUGCUUCUCUCCAUUGCAGCUGGGGCAGGAUACCAGCUGGACAACAAGAUCUUUCAGCAUCUCCUGGGCUGUGAGGAGUUAAACUUCCUAUUGGAUGAGAUGCAAAGUGUUCACCAUAAAUAUGAGGAACUCAAAAGUCUUUGCAGCUCCAGGGCACAGGCAUUCCUGGUGCUCACAGCUCUGACAACCACAGUCAGAGUCACAGCCAUUUCUCCAGAAGAGAAAACACAGCGUUUGGCAUUAAUGAGACAACAUACGGGAGAAUCGUUGUAUGUAGAAGUUGCAUGUGUCCUUUCAAAAUUUGGAACAAACCAUGAUUGGCAAAACCUAGAAAAAGACUUGAAAUCACUCACUGUUGGGAAUUAUGAAGCCACCAUCUCUACUGUGCAAAUGGAUGAGGUAAAAAAACAACUGCAAAGUCUCCGCCAUGAAAAUAAUAAGCCCAGCAAACCAUGGAAAAAUAAAAACAACAAAGAGGUGGUGAUAGAAAGUGGACCUUUCCUGGACUUGCUCCAGCGUUUAGGUCUAGAACAUUACUACCCGAAAAUGAUGAGCAGAGCUGACUUCCAUCUGAUCUACAAGAAUUCUGUGUUCAAUACACAACCCACAUCUGAACAGGAGCUUCCCUUCUAUUUCCUACAAAAGCUACUGAUGCUGGACUAUGGGGUGAGACAUCUGGUCUUCAAAGACACUGGAGACAUAGAAAACCAGGUCCACACAGGUUCCUCCCAUCAGGAAGAUGAGGCUUUGGAUCCAUAUGAAGACUUGCUUGAAGACAGUGAUGAUCUCACUAGCCCUUCCAGCCCCACAUCCCGGCCCCACAUCCACCCAAUGGAUAUUCAGAUGGCCAUUUUUCACUGUGCAGAUCAUUUUGCCAGACCAUAUAUUGUGGGUAAGCUUUCCAUUUGUCAAUAUGCCCUCCCUCUUCUGGUACCAACUCCCGGAACUGCUCACAUUGAAUUCUCGCUGUGGUCUCUCAGACAAAUUCGGAGAAGCUGGCAAGAAGCAAGUACAUCACAACACAAAAAAAGCAGUCACAACAACCAGCGUAUGUGCCAUGUCCCCACCCCCAUCGUGUCCUUCAUUAGAGUUGGACAUGGCCUCUCUGCUUCCAAGUCUCAGAUCAUGAAUGCUCUUCUCAGUAAGCGAAAACACGAUGUGUUUUUUCAUAGGCACUGUAGGGGAAGCAGCAAGGACUGUCUCUUAAUGGGUGGACUGGUGGAACUCUGCUGGUUCUGUCCUGGUGGGGAGGAUGACGACAGAUUUGAGCAGUGUGUGACCUUCACCAACCUUCAUGGAGAUGCAAAGGAACAUAAGCAGCAGCUCACCUUUCUGCAGGAGGUCUCUUCUGUCAUCGUGAUCCUCAUGUCAGCCUCUGAUGACAACAAAGACAACCAAAAAAUUGUCCGUGACCUGUGGCAAGCAUCCAGACCUGUGAUUUGCUUGCUUGAUGACAAAGACAAGACCAUGCCUAAAAGUACAGGAAAGGUGAGAAUUGGCAUCAGGAAUAGAAAUGAGGCAGAAUUAGCAGAGGAGCUCACAACUGCAAUCAAACAUCAGCUACAGCAAUCUGACGCUGCUCUCAGCUUAGAGGAGUGUUCCCUGGUUGCUCACAAACAUGGAUUCCUUAUUGAUGAAGACCAGAGUGACUGUCAGGAAGCCAAGGCAAAGGCCCAGACCAUAAUGGCCCUCCUAACAGAGUUGGAGCUCUCUCAGAUAAAGGAAAGCUUACUUCCCCUUCAGGGACAACUGUGGCACCUUUGGUGUAAAAAGGACAAAGAAUUCUAUCACUUGAGAGAAAAAGGAAAUCGGAGCAUUGAACAACACAAGAGUGAGAUUGAGACAGAUAAAAGAAUAAUUAGGUCCCAGCAAUUGGAAAAAGCCUUUCCUCUCAAUGACUUAAUGCGCUCUGUCCUUGAAAUCCUUCAAGAAGAUUCAGAAACACAUGCCAAACUCUACUUCUUGCAAUGGUUCAGUGUGUUUUUGGACAACCUGACCACAGCACACUUGGAAAACUUGUAUGAGAAGCAACGAUCUCUGUGGUCAAUGAUACACACAGAAAAUCAGAAGGUACAAAAGAGUGACUUCAGAAAGCUCUGGGAAAAUCAGAUAGAAGCCAUUUCCAUAGAGAUUUGCAACUGUACCUUGGGAAUCCAGCAAAUUCUCAGAGAAAUUGCCCAGAUCUAUGAAGCUCUGGAAGAAAUUUCCUCUCAAAGAGAUCCCCUUUUCCUUUCCCUCCCUGAAAUUGCUGCAGACCUGAUGAUAUCUGGUGUCCCCAUUGAGCUCAUGGACGGGGAUGCUUCCUAUGUGCCUCUGAAGUGGGUGGAAGCUGUUUUUGACAAGGUCUCGGAGAAGCUCGGGGACAAAAGGCUGUUUGUUCUCUCUGUCCUUGGCCUGCAGAGCUCAGGGAAGUCCACCCUGCUGAACGCCCUUUUUGGCCUGCAGUUCACUGUCAGUGCUGGCAGGUGUACCAGAGGGGCCUACAUGCAGCUCCUGAAGGUGGAGGAGACCUUCACAAAGGAGCUUGGCUUUGACUUUAUGCUGGUGGUGGACACAGAAGGACUUCGCGCCCCAGAACUCAACAAUAAAUCCCAGAAUUGGGACAAUGAGUUAGCAACCUUUGUCAUUGGACUUGGAAACUUGACUCUGAUCAAUAUUUUGGGAGAGAAUCCUUCAGAGAUGCAAGAUAUCCUACAAAUAGCAGUCCAAGCUUUGUUGAGGAUGAAACAAGUGAAAAUCUCCCCCAGUUGCCUCUUUGUCCAUCAGAAUGUGGGAGACAUAACAGCUAAAGACCAAACUAUGGAAGGUCGACGGCGGCUAGAGCAGAGACUAGACGAAAUGACAGCAUUAGCUGCUGAACAGGAGGAGUGCCCAGAUGUAACCCGCUUCAGCGAUGUCAUUAAGUUUGAUGUCAAUACUCAGGUCCACUACUUUGCUCACCUCUGGGAUGGCAAUCCCCCAAUGGCACCUCCCAAUCCUCGUUACAGCCACAAUGUCCAGGAACUGAAAAAUAGAAUUCUUGUGACUGCCCAACAAGAGUCCAGGAGAAGCAUUAUGAAGAUAUCUGAUGUAAAAUUCCGAGUUAAAGAUUUAUGGAGAGCCCUGAUAAAUGAGAACUUUAUUUUCAGUUUUAGGAACACCAGAGAGGUUAUGGCAAUGAACAAACUGGAAACCAUGUAUAACCAGUGGUCUUGGGAGCUGAGGAGUCACAUGCUGGAGUUGCAGAAUCAGCUGAACAACCAGAUUCAGAAUGGAAAAAUCCAGGAACUCAAAACAAGCAUAUUUGAGGCUCCAGUUACAGAAAAAUAUAUAGCAAUUAAGCAAGAACUUGAAAAGUAUUUUAAUGAAGAUCCAGAUAGUGAAAUACUAGUUCAGUGGAAAUCAAACUUUGAAAAUAAACUAACAGUCCUUAAAGAGGAACUUAUUUCUGACACCAGAAGGAAAGCCAAAGAACUUAUUCGCUUAAAAAAAAAUCAAGAACGGCUGGAUAAGAAAAAGACAGGUUAUGAAAAUGAGUUAUUGGGAAGAAGUAGAAAGCUGGCUUUAACAGUAAAAGGUAAAGAACUGAGCGAAGGAGAAUUACAUGAAAAAUUUAAUCAACUCUGGAAAAAAUGGGUCUGCGAUGUGUCCUCAGAUCUCCCUCUGCUCAUAGAACCUGACAUUGAUGUGGAUUCUGAAAACAUCCUUUGGGAGUAUUUCCAAAAGGAGAUAAACAUGGUAGAUAUAUUGAAGAGAAAUUCUAGAGAGAAGUUUCAAAUCAAUUAUGAUGAACAUAUAAAAAUGAAUAAGAAAUAUAACUUCAUGACAAGGACAUGCAAGCUUCGUGAUAGGGAGUCCAUUGAUAUCACUACUGACCACAUUGUUUCAAGAUUUAGUGAAACUAUCAACAGUCUUCAUAGGCAACAAUGUGACUACAAUGCAAGUUACUUCCAUGAAAUCCUGAGAAUAAUAGAAGAAGAAGUCAAAUCUGCACAUACUGAGGGAAGAUAUACAUUUACAAGCAAAUACAGCAUUGAUCUGUCUUUGUGUUUAUUCCAGAGAGCAUCAAAGAGCUUCAAGGAAAUGCACAGAGCAUUCAAGAGAGCAAAUGAUCCUGUGAACUAUCUAGAAAGUAAGAAAGAUGAUUUCUUCAUGAGUUUUAAGAUCUCCUGCCAAGGUGCCACCUCUGUCACAUCAUUUGUUGAUUUUCUGUGGAACAAGCUCCUUCCUGCUAUCUCUGCUAACAUAAAGGGGAAAAUGAUCAUUAAAAUAGCUGGGGACAUGCGAGCUACCUGUCCUGCAUUCAACGGAAACAGGGCUAACCUGGAGAAACACAUUCUCAUUUCUCUGGCAGAAGAAGAAAAUUUUGAUAAUUACUGGCAAUACCUUCAUUACACAAAAUCGUUUUUUAGCAGCUACAUUGAAAAAUAUAUUAAGAGAUACUGUUCAGAUGAAAGAAGUGAAAAAAUAAAGAUUUUUAUGAAAAUGAGUCUAGAUGACAUCAGGCACGCCAUCCUCUCUGCCAUUCACGAGUCCACGGCAAUAGCUAAAGAUGACAGCAGCACUGCAUCCCGGUGGCUGGAUUUGUUCUGUGACAACCUAGGCAGCAAUUUGAUCUUCCCACGAAGAGACUUGAAAAGUAUUGAACACCAGGAGAUAAGUGAUAUGGAGUUUCUCAAAGAAGCCAUGAGUGCAGCUUUGGAUCCCACAAUGCAGAAAGUAGAAGAGAAUUGUUCAAGCAUGCCCAUAGACGAAAUGGUUCCUGAAAUUGAGAAGAUCCUAUCUGAACACCUCUGUGGCUGCUGGAAACAAUGUCCCUUAUGCAAUGCAAUUUGUACAAACACAAUUCCUACACAUGAAGGUGACCACAGUGUUCCAUUCCACCGUCCUCAGGCUGUCAAUGGAUGGCAUAAGAACAAAACAGAACACUUUGUGAUUGACUGCUGCACUAGUUCAGUGGCAAGUGACCGCUUCAUGCUUUUGGGAAACAACCAGGAAAUCCCAUAUAAGAACUAUCGUCUGGCAGGAGGGGAUUACGCCACAUGGAACAUCACCCCAGAUUCAUCCACUCAGCCAUACUGGAAAUGGUUUGUCUCACACUUCAGAUCAAAGCUUGAAGAAACAUAUCAGAAAAAAUUUGUAGGAACAGGUAAAAUACCAGAUGCAUGGUCCAAAAUCACAAAGGAGGAUGUACUUAAUGACUUGAAAGAACAAUAA